UGACAAGUCAACAUCCAUAACUGUCAAGUCGACUGGGGGAACCCAGGCUCACACUCUCAAGUUGAGCUGGGGGCUUCCGCUCCCGCUGUCAUCCAUCGUGAUCUUACCAUAGACCGCGCAUUCCUACCGCGCGCAAACAUGUCGUCCAAUUUUCAGUUCAACAUCCGAUGAUUCCGGUCCUCCAGAACGAUCUUCUGCGAGACCUCCUUUUUUUUUUUUCUGUGACGAUCAGCAGUUUGGCGGGAUAGCUCAUGCGAUUCCAUACCAUCUCCACCCUGGUACUGUAGUUAGGUAGUUGUUUCCUGAGGCAAAUCCCGAUAAUAGAUAGCUUCAGUUCCUAUUCAGGUUUUGUUUGCUGGAUGGAUGGAUGUAUGCAUACUUAUCCACCUCUCCUCUGUCUGGCUGGCAACUGUACCCUGUGCUACCAAGCUCAACCUACCUCCAAGCUGACCUAAGCUCUAACCUCAUCCUAGCCACCCGAUAUCCCAAAAGAAUUUCUCUCCUUUCACACUUCCCUGCAUCCGGCCCGUUCCUAAAUCUGCCUGCUUGUUCUUGCGCCGCCGCGCUACGUCGGUCCUUUUUCCCUUCGGAUCACUGUCCUUUCUUCUCUUCAAUCAGGUUCGCAUAGACAGACGGAGUGCUAUGUUCCAAUGUCUAUAAACAUUGUCCAAGGCGCGGCCUUGGUUUGUCUUGGCUGGAGCUGUACUGUCUUUCUCCUCCAACUUGUCGGCAUCACCAAGCUUUACCGCAACCACACCACACCUCUCCCUCCUCCCGCAUCGCCUUCAUUGCCCGAGAAUGAAGUCCCCCACGUUACCGUUGUCCGCCCUGUCAAGGGCGUAGAGGUUGGCCUGUACGAAUGCCUCGCCUCGACCUUCCGGCUCGCCUACCCCAAGUCCAAGCUCUCGAUCCGUCUCUGCGUCGAUUCCAAGAGCGACCCAGCCUACCCCGUCCUCUGCCAGCUCGUUGUCGAUUUCCCCAAUUUCGACGCGCAGGUCCUCGUUGAGGAAGAAGACCCAAUCCUCCACGGUAGUGCCGGCCACGUCAACAACCUGGGCCCAAACCCCAAAAUCCGCAACAUCAGCCGUGCAUACCGCGAGGCAAAGGGCGACGUUAUCUGGAUCGUGGACUGCAAUGUUUGGGUGGCCAAGAACGCAGCAGGGAGGAUGGUUGACAAGCUCUUUGGCUUCCAACCCAACAGCGGCGGCGGCGUUGACAGAACGACCCCCUACAAAUUCGUCCAUCAGCUCCCCCUCGUGGUAGACCUAGACAACAGCUCCUCCGGUGCCAGCGCCGUCAACAAAUCAUCCUCGACCGAAGGACAAUCCCUCCUCCCUUCCACCGUUCCCAAAGACAAUCAGAACCGAAACCAAGGCCUCCUAGCCCACGGCGGCCGCCUCGAGGAAAUGUUCAUGUCCACCACCCACGCCAAGUUCUACGGCGCCAUCAACGCCGUCGGCGUAGCCCCUUGCAUUGUCGGCAAGUCCAACAUGUUCCGCAAGUCGCAUCUCGACGCCUUCACCACCGUCUCCUCCAACCCUCUUCUCCACUCUUCGGACUCGACCCGCGGCACCGGUAUCGAUUUCUUUUCCUCGUACAUUUGUGAAGACCACCUGAUCGGCGAUCUAAUCUGGCGCUCCUCCUUCCCCGGCUCGGUAGGGUACAAAAACCACGGCCUCGUCUUUGGCGAAGUGGCCGUCCAACCCAUGGCAGGCAUGUCCGUCGCCGCGUACAUUGCGAGGCGCGUGCGGUGGCUGCGCGUGAGAAAGUGGACGGUUUUGGCUGCAACGCUGGUGGAGCCGGGCGUGGAGAGUCUGGUGUGUUGUGCGUAUUUUGCUUUUGCGGUGACUACGCUGCCGUGGUUCAACAGCACGUUUGGCGUGCCACAGACGUGGAGCGCCAUGGCUACCUUGUGGUUUGGGGCCGUGACGAUCUGGAUGUCGAUUGAUAGGUGGUUGACCAGCAAGCUGUUCCGGUUGCAUAGUUUGGAUGUGGAUGAGAAUACACCCUUCUUCGCCAGGGGCACGGCAAGGACAGGGGGAACAACACAGAGACCAUUUAGGGAGUGGAUUGCCGCGUGGUUAGGAAGAGAGUUUCUGGCACUGCCUAUUUGGACCACGGCCGUAUUGCUGGGCACAACGGUCAAGUGGAGGGGAAGACAGUUCAAGGUUCGGAUGGAUAUGAGCGUGGUGGAGGUGGAUGAUAGGAAGAGCCGGGCUGAUGUUAUCGGCGGGAGCAAGCCCAGACCGAGGAUGGCUGGCUCGCCGGAUAGUAAAGACCGCGUAGAUUAAACGAGUACAUACGGUAUUUGAGAGACCUUUGGGCGGAAAGAGGAGUAAUGAGACUUUAUGCCAUGAUACCUACAUAGAUAGAAAGAUAGACUACCCGUACGAGGACGCUUCGCAUACCUUGUCGAUGCUGUAAUAACAACCUAAUCAUAUCCA